UCUGCUGACAUGCAUACGCCAGUGAUCAUGGAUGUAGCCAUUGUCUUUAUUUUACAGUGACCCCCGUUCCACAGUCUCCUGGGUCUGUGUGUCUUGUUCAUGAGUGUCCCACUGGGAAACUCCAGAGUGUUUGCCUGCCUUCUGCACACAAUAUGGCAGGGUGCAGGAUUCUGUGAGCCAGCUCAAGGCCCUUCCCUCAGCCUUCGCGGUUACUCUCUCACCAGAGUCGAUGUGGGGCUUUGCUAAGGAAUGUAUUCUCCCUGACGGGUUUUGUGGACAGAGACUAUCAGCUCUUGAAUCAUCCCAUGACCUGUUUGAUAUCUUUCCACUUCAGCCCAGGAACACUGACCCUAAGAGUGUAUGGACCCUGGCUUUUGCUUUUCUAAAUACCACUGACCCAAGGCUGUGUGUACAGGAGAAUUUCCCAAAGAUUUGGAACACACAUGUGGGUGCAGCAGCGUGGAGCCCUUCACAGUGAAUGAAGAUAAGUUUGUAGCCUGAUUACUACAAUGAGAAAAUUCAGACAGUGAAAAACAAGCUACCACAGAUUUGAGAAGAACAGGAAAGAUCAGAGUUCUUUGGGGUGAAAGAUCAUUAAGGUUGCCAGGAUACCUCUAGGCGACAAAGGCUGGGGCUCCCCUUUCAAGCAGCUGCACACACUGUAAGAAUUCUUGCAAGAGGGAAUGUGAAUCCUGGAGCUAAUUCUGCCCGUUUCCACCAGCCCCCUCCCUGAGGGGCUCAGCUGGCCGUGCUAAAAGCCACAGUAGAAAGGUGAAAACGAAUAUUACAAGAUCUUGGAAGCAUCUGAGGUUUAAUGAGGACUUUCCAGCAUUCCAGACUGCUGCCCUGCAAUGAAGCUCUGAGUCACGGUCUUUGGGACUAAGGUAUUGGCAACAAUGUGGAACCCCAGGACAGCCAACCUGACUAACCUUCGCUGUAACCAGGAUCCCAAAAGGGGUCUGGCAUGAAAUCAGAGCAUAGAGAAAGACUUGCUUGUUAAUGGAAACAGGAAAGAAAAAAAGGGUUUCCAACAAAUUACAACAGUCUUUCCACCAUUCUAAAGAACCCACCUUCCUUAUCGACCAAGCCGUUCUACCUAGUGACUCCCAUUCCAGCCUUUUGCCAGAAACAGAGCAUGUCAAUCCUGCUGGAAAAAUAAAGAUAGGACCUCUGACAAGACCUGGAACAGUGAUACUCUCAAAACGGUCCAGUAGGAGAAUUAUGUCAGGAAGUCCGCACAGCCCCCCUGUGAUACCAUCCCGCAGGCCUGGAUUCCAGGUGUGCUAUAUCUGUGGCCGAGAAUUUGGCUCCCAAUCAAUUGCCAUUCAUGAACCCCAGUGCUUGGAGAAGUGGCGUAUUGAAAACAGCAAGUUGCCCAAACACCUGCGGAGGCCAGAACCCUCCAAACCACAGCCUCUCAGGGGCAGUGGGUCCUACAAUCUUCAGGCCGUGAACGAAGCAGCGUUUCAAAGUUCCCAGGCUCAGCUGCUGCCCUGUGAAUCCUGUGGCCGCACAUUCUUGCCGGAUCGUCGUCUCGUUCACCAGAGGAGCUGCAAGCCGAAGGAUGAGGGGCCCAGAGCACCAAACCCCAACCGUUUUGAUGAUCCGACUGGUGCCAGGAAAGCUGCUGGUGGCAUCCCAGCCCGACCAAAGACUCUCAUCUGCUACAUUUGUGGUAGGGAAUUUGGCACUCUGUCCCUUCCUAUUCAUGAGCCCAAAUGCCUAGAAAAGUGGCAAAUAGAAAACGACCGGCUCCCCAGGGAGCUCCGCCGACCACUCCCACGGAAGCCUCAGCCCCUUCCAACUGGACAGUCCAACCAAGAGGAGCCAAGUCAAGCUCAGCUGGUGCCCUGUGCAAAUUGCGGCCGGACCUUUGCCCCAGACCGCCUUCUGGUACACCAGAGAAGCUGUAGGGUUCAACCAAGUGCACCAAAAAUUCAGAAUUUGACCUUAGGGAGGAAAGGUGGCCUGAAAGAGUCCACAAGUUCCAAGCAGCAAAGGAACAUGGCAGUGCCCACUGUGACUGAUAAGCCAGCAAUGAUAAGGCGUCCACCAACAAUCAUCUGCUACAUUUGUGGCCGUGAAUAUGGAACAAAAUCCAUUGCCAUCCACGAGCCACAAUGUCUGAAAAAAUGGCAUAACAAAAACAACUUGUUGCCCAAAGAAUUAAGGAGAUCAGAACCCAAGAAACCAGAAGUCAGGACCAUUACUGCCAAAGGUUUCUAUGAUCUCGAUGCCUUAAAUGAAGCUGCUUGGACAAGCGCCCUGAGCCAGUUGGUUCCCUGUAAUAUUUGUGGGCGUACCUUCCUGCCAGACAGACUGAUUGUUCACCAACGAUCCUGCUGUCUGCCCGGUGGUGGUCGCCUCUGGCUGGAAGCAGCCUCAUUGCUUAUCACUGGUGUCCCGUACCAGAACCAGAAUUUCCUAGAUAUGCUGUGAAGCGAGGCAUGUUGGGGAGCUCUACAGCCUAUAUGUUGAGCAUCUGGCAAACAUGAACUUGGAAGUCUGGGAGAACCUCCAUGUGAACAAUGGCCACUUUCCAAAGAACAAUAAGGGACAUAUAUUUUAAAAGCAUCAACAGAAAAGCACGAACC